UCGAAUUUAGAUGGAAAUUGCAUAUACAUGUACGUAUGUGUGUGUAUAUAUAUAUGUAUAUCUGUGUGUAGUGUAAGCGUGUGUGUGUAUAUAUUGUCCCCACCACAGCAGAGUUGGAACACUCGCAUUACAAUAUCCAGAUGGCGUCUCAGGUGGUGUUGGUGGAAGAGAAGUCAGUUGUCAGAAUCCUCACUCUGAACAGACCCAAGCAGUUGAAUGUCCUCACUUCUCCCAUGAUUUCUCGGCUGCUGGAACUGUUCCUUUCAUAUCAGAAAAACCCUAAUGUAAAGCUCAUCAUCCUCAAGGGACAAGGGAGGGCGUUUUGUGCUGGUGGCGAUGUUAUAUCCUGUGUCAACGAUAUAAGACGAGGUUGCUGGAGGCUAGCUACCGAUUUCAUGUACAAGCAAUAUGUACUCGAUUAUGUUAUCGCAACGUCUCCCAAACCGCAGGUUUCGAUUAUGGACGGCAUCGUCAUGGGAGGUGGUGCUGGCAUCUCCAUACAUGGUAGAUUCCGGAUUGCAACAGAGAACACGGUCUUUGCCAUGCCCGAGGCAGCUCUCGGACACUUUGCAGAUGUAGGUGCAUCCUACUUCUUGUCAAGGCUCCCUGGUUUUUUUGGGGAAUAUCUCGGCCUCGCAGGGGCAAGGCUAGACGGCGCCGAAAUGCUUGCCUCUGGCCUUGCUACUCAUUUUGUCCCUUCCAUGAGAUUGAAAGAGUUAACAGAAGAUCUAUGUGGGUCCGGAGCAAGCGAUGCCGCCUCGAUCUCGAAGAUUAUCGACACAUAUACUCAGCAGCCCCAUCUGAAAGAUUCGAGCGCUUAUCACAGGUUGGAUGUUAUUGACAAGUGCUUCUCGAGGAACACCGUCGAAGAAAUUAUAUUUGCACUUGAGAGGGAGAUCGCUCAUAAAACCGACGAUUGGGUCUCGAGAACAAUUUUGUCAAUGAAGAAGGCUUCCCCGAUUAGCCUUAAGAUCACUCUUAGAUCGAUAAGAGAAGGGCGGGCGCUUGGGAUUGGGCAGUGCCUUAUCCGUGAGUUUAGGAUAACAUCUCAGGUGAUUAAGGGAGAUAUAAGCAAGGAUCUUAUCGAGGGCUGCAGGGCUAUAUUGAUAGAAAAAGAUAAUAACCCAAAGUGGGAGCCGUCGAGACUGGAGGACGUUACAGAGAGAAUGGUGGAGAAAUACUUCCAGAGAUUGGAGGAUGAUGGUUGGGAGGAUCUCAAGCUUCCACCUAUACCUAACUCACAUCCUCCAUUAAUCUCCAAAUUGUGACAUGGCAUGAAUAAUAACCCGUGGCAUGAAUAGUAAUAACCCGUACGUGGGGAACCUAUAAAAUUACUCCAUUGGCUACUCAUAUGUAAAACUAAAUAUAUUAAAUAAAUAUUAAAGAAAAGAUAAUAAUUAAUAGUGUGUAUCGUAUAAACUUAUUGCUCGACUCUGUAUAAUAUAUUUGUAUUUUGAAACUUAUGUAAAA